CCGCCCGCCCCAGCCAUGAAGCCGCUCUGCGGGGCUGCGCUCCUGCUGCUGCUGCUCUGCCCUGCCGCCAGCGCCCAGAGCCCGUGCGUCUGCGAGAAGAACAAGCGUGUCACCAACUGCAGGACGGACGGCAGCGGCCAGUGUCGCUGCGAAGCCAUCGGCUCCGGAGUCACCGUGGACUGCUCCACCCUGACUUCAAAAUGCCUGCUGAUGAAAGCAGAAGUGAUGGGCUCCAAAUCGGGUCGUCGUGAGAAGCCAAAAGAUGCGAUUGAAGAUACCGACGGUCUCUACGAUCCUGACUGUGAAAACAGCGGCGCUUUCAAGGCGAAGCAGUGCAAUGGAACCACCUGUUGGUGUGUGAAUACGGCUGGAGUUAGGAGAACUGACAAACACGACGCAGACUUGAAGUGCAAUCAGUUAGUCAGAACGAUGUGGAUCAUCAUUGAAAUGAAACAUGCUGAGAGAAAUGCUCCUCUGAACGCUGAAUCUUUAAAGAAGUUUUUCAUGGAUACCAUUACCAGUCGUUACCAGCUGGAUGGCCGCUACAUAACCAGUGUUCUGUAUGAAAACCCUUACAUUACUAUUGAUUUGAAGCAAAAUUCCUCAGAAAAAUUAGUUGGAGAUGUGGAUAUAGCUGAUGUGGCCUACUACUUUGAGAAAGAUGUGAAAGGUCAGUCCAUCUUUCAUAAUAGUGCCGGGCUAAACGUCAGCAUUGACAACGAGCCGGUGAAGCUUGAGAAGACAGCGGUCUACUACAUUGACGAAAUAGCACCGGAGUUUUCCAUGAAGUCUCUGACUCCCGGCCUCAUUGCUGUCAUUGUGGUGGUAGUAGUAGCAAUAGUGGCUGCAAUUGUUGUCCUGGUCCUGACAAGGAGGAGGAAAGGGAAGUACGUGAAAGCUGAGGUGAAGGAAAUGAAUGAAAUGCAUAGAGGGCUGAAUGCCUAACUAAAUCAACUGAAGACAAGCCAGAUUCAAGCUAGAAGACAACAAAAACAUUGGAGGCAUGAAUCUUAACUCUUAAUUUCCUCCUGAAAGGGAGGCAAUUGUUCUCACUUAAUGAUUGUUAAAACUCUUAACAGCCAAGACCGGUAACUAUUCAACUACUUUUACUAUUUGUUGAGAGUUAAAUGCCCCGUCUUACUCAAGUAAAACUUAACUAUUGCUCCCUGAUUUUAUUUUUUUUUUAUGAUGAUGAAACGAGUUGACAACUGCUGUUACUAGGGUUUUGGAGCAUACAUGCCUGAAUGGUUAUUUUACCCUUGUGGGAGUUUUAUUGAAAGUAAUGAUUUUGUAGCCAUGUUGUAAUGAGACUGUCUCCUGUGUAACUGAACACAACGUUUUUAUGGCAGUUUGUACAUAUUUGAAGAUGCUGUAACUUUUUUAUGACUUGAAUUAAUAAAACUUUGAAACAGGCUUCUAA